AUGACUCAGCAGGAGUCACUGAGCUUUGAGGAUGUGGCUGUGAAGUUCACCAAGGAGGAGUGGGCUCUGCUGGAUCCAUCCCAGAAGAAGCUGUACAAAGAUGUGAUGCAGGAAACCUUGAGGAACCUGACUGUUAUAGGGAACAAGUUGGAAAACAAGAAGGUUGCAAAUGAGUAUAAAAAUCUCUGCAGAAAAUUAAGCAGCCAACUGGUAGAGAAAUUCUGUGAAUAUAAAGAAAGUCUUCAGAGUACAGAACUCUUCAGCUGUAUUCCAGAGCUUUCUGUGAACUUGAAAUCUUCUCCAGGACUUUCCACAUGUGAGAAGCGUGUGUGUGGAGAAGGAAGCAUUGGCCAUUCAUCUCUAGGUGCACCCCUAAAUCAUCAGGUAGGACACAAACCUCAUAAAGACCAGGAAUAUGGACGGAAGUUGUAUAAACAUAAGGAGUUUGGGGGCAGCUCCAGUUCUCCUCUGUCCCUUCAGACACAUAAAAGUGCUCACACUGGAGAGAAACCUUCUAAAAAUAAGAACUGCAAAGAAGACCUUCUUUGUCUACAAUCUGGUCAAAAGAAUGAAGAACAGGACCGUGCUAAAAAACCUCAUAUUUGCAAGCAAUGUGGGAAAGGCUUCACCUAUCCCAGUUCUUUACAAACACACGAAAAGAGUCACAGUGCUAAGAAGCCCUAUGUGUGUGAACUGUGUGGGAAAGGCUUUUCUCGGUUAGGUUCCCUUUCAAAACAUAAUGUAAAUCAUUCUUGUGAGAAAGCAUUUCUGUGUAAUCAUUGUGGGAAAACUUUUACUCGUUCUGCUACUCUUCUAAGACAUAAGAGAACUCACAGUGGUAUGAAACCCUAUGUGUGUAAGCAAUGUGGGAAAGCCUUCACUGUUUCUCGUUACCUUAAAGCACAUGAGCUAACUCACACUCGGGAGAAAACUUAUGUAUGUAAACAGUGUGGGAAAGCCUUCACAUUUUGGAGUCAAUAUCAGAAACAUAAAGUAAUUCACAGUGGUGUGAAUCCCUAUGUUUGCAAGCAAUGUGGGAAAGGCUUUACUUAUUCCAGUUCCUUACAAUCACAUGAAAGAAUUCACACUGGAGAGAAGCCCUAUUUGUGUAAGCACUGUGGAAAAACCUUUGCUCAUUUUGGUAACCAUAAAAGACAUGAAAGAAUUCACACUGGAGAGAGACCCUAUGUAUGCAAGCAAUGUGGGAAAACUUUUAAUGAUUAUGGUUCCUUUCAAUUGCAUAAUAGAGUGCAUGCUGGAGAAAAACCCUACAAAUGUAAGCAGUGUGGAAAGAAUUUAGCUUCUUCUUCCUCCCUUCAGAGCCAUGAAAGGAAUCACUGUGGAGAGAAGCCCUAUGUGUGUUUGCAAUGUGGGAAAGCUUUCAGUUUUAAGAGUUCUCUUCGAAAACAUAACAUAAUGCAUACUGAAGAAAAACCUUAUGAAUGUAAGCAUUGCAAAAAAGCCUUUCAUCAUUUUUAUUUACUUCGAGGACAUGAACGAAUCCAUAGCAAUGACAGACCAUAUCGGUGUAAGCAAUGUGGGAAAGGUUUUUAUUAUUCUAAUUAUCUUAAAAAACAUGAACAAAUCCACAGCAGUGAAAGACCCUAUCAGUGUAAGCAAUGUGGGAAAGCUUUUCAUUAUCCUAAUUAUCUUAAAAAACAUGAGAAACGAAUCCACAGCAGUGAGAAACCCUACCAAUGUAAGCAAUGUGGGAAAGCCUUUUGGUCUUCUGAUCAGGUUAAAAAGCAUGAACGCAUCCACACCAGGAACAGACCCCAUGAAUGUAAGACAUGUGGGAAAGGCUUUACAACUCCUAAUCAACUUCACUCCUGUGACAAACCUUAUUUAUGUAAGCAAUGUGGGAAAGAAUUUUUGUUUCCAUAUCGUUUGCAAAGACAUAUACUGACACAUAAUAGAACAAAUAAGGAUGUUCCUAAGCUGAGGGAUGCUUCAGAAGAGACAGUGUUGCUCCUGGAUGAACUGUCCAGUCAACUUGAUGUCCACAUCUACCUGGCCAACCCUGGUGACACCAUCUUUGAUGUGGUAGAGAAAACACUGAGACAUCAAGGGGUCCUCAUUCAGAUUUACUAG